AUGACCCCACAGGUUCAUCAAAGGUGCGAGUUGCAGACAAAACUGGUGCUAUUCGUAGCCAUUGUCUGCACUGUAGCCGUCGGCCAGAUUGCCGGGUACUAUGGCAGACCAACAUCUCGUCUUGAAGAAGUUAUCAAUAAAGCUGCUUGGCUGUUCAACAACGAGGAGAAUCUUAUGAAGCAUCGAUUCAACAAAGGUAUAGACAAGUUAGUACCAGACUUCGAAACUGCAGAACCCGGCAUAUUGGAGGCGGUGAAUCGCCCCCUAGACAACAUCACAGAGAGUCUUGGGCAUCCAAGUCGUGUCAUCAACUGGAUAAAAGCUGUGGCCAGGCAGAGGAACGUUCAGGCUAGUAUUAGCACGAUCUUGUCGACAGAUCUGGCUAGACGACUGUCACUGACAUGUCCAUUCAUCAAGCCCACUGACUGCAGUGUGAAGGAGAGGUACCGGCGUGUGGACGGGAGCUGCAAUAACCUAGCCCAGCCUCUGUGGGGAGCUGGUUUCACGCCAAUGGCCCGCCAGCUGCCAGCUCAGUAUGAAACAGGUGUUAUUAAUGGAAUAAUGAGGAAGGACAUGCCCCGAUCAAAGGGUGUAAAUGGCGGGCCACUGCCGAGCGCACGAGUUAUUAGUAACAACGUCCACGAAUCCUCCAAUCGUCUGCCCGAGAACGCCGUUACAAUGGCUUUCGUGUUCUUCGGCCAGCAGACGGCACAUGACGUCACCGACACGGCUUUUGAGAGAGGUGAACGAGAACAGUUGAACAUGGUGUCUUCUUUCAUCGACGCUAGUAACAUGUAUGGCCACACAGAAGAGGUGCUGACAGAACUACGCGGAGAGGAAGGACAACUGGAGUCUUCGGAACCAGAUCAGUUGCCUCUUCAAAUGCAUCCUAACAGGAAAGCAUCUGAAAAAGGUUUUAACUUUCUGAAUGCUGGUGACGAGAGAGUGGGCGAGGUGACGGGUCUGACUGCAGUGACCACCGUCUGGCAAAGAGAACAUAACCGUAUAGCCAGACAGCUUGCCAAAUUUCCCAGGUUCGCCUCCAUGUCCAACAAAAAGGCCAGAAACGACGCGAUAUUCUACGAGACCAGGAAAUUAGUUAUCGCUAUUAAGCAACACAUUACGUACAACGAGUUUCUGCGGCUGACAGUGGGCCCUGAACGUAUGAACAAGUAUAAGAUAUCCCCCCUCACUAGUGGGUAUUUCACGGGCUACGAUUCUUCGGUCAACCCUACCCUGUCUAAUGUCAUGGUCGUGGCUGCUCACCGCUUCGGACACAGCCUAUUGCGAAGCGUUCUCUCGGUCCGGACGGAACAGUACACCUCCUCCAGCGAUGUGCUCUUGCUGAAGAACGUCUUCUGGCGACCCAGUAACUAUCUCAUGUAUGAAAACGGCUUCCAGAGAGGAGUGGUGACAGACCCUGCCGAGAUGUGUGAUCGUCACAUAAUUCCUGACGUUCGCAAUCAUCUGUUUGAAACAGCACACGGUAACGGCGAAGAUCUAGUGGCGCGGAACGUUGCGCGAGGUCGAGAUCAUGGCGUCCCGUCUUACAACGCCUACAGGACACUAAUGGGUCUGUCAAGUGCCUCUACCUUCACAACAAACUCAACCAAUGGCUUCCCGGACAUACCUUUUGAAGUGGUGCGCAAACUCCGGGAAAUCUACAGUUCUCCCGGUGACGUAGACGUGUUUACUGGUGGCAUCUCGGAGACGCCCGUUGGGGGAGGCGUCAUAGGACCUUUGUUCGCAGAACUUAUGGCACUGCAGUACGAGAAACUUCGAGUUGGCGACAGAUUUUGGUAUGAAAAUCAGGAGCAUGGCUUCUCACCCGCUCAGCUAGCCGAAAUCCGGAAGGUGACCAUGUCAAGGUUAAUGUGUGAUAACGUUGCGGGGGUCACACAAAUUCAGCCCAGGGCCUUCUUAAUACCGACCUCGUCCGGGGCUAAUGAUCGAGUGAGUUGUGAUCAGAUUCCUUCACUGGAUCUUUCCAAGUGGCAGUAA